CUUUUGAUCCUUUUGGUUCUUGCUGAUUGCUGAAGUUUGUAAAUUUUUGUAAAAAAAAAAUAUUACUAUACAUACGGUAUGUCUAUUUCGUUGCAAAACAAAAAUCUGGAUGAUGCAGGUAUUUCUCGUCUGCCGGUCAAUGCAGAAACAAUUACAUACAGUGACUGGAGUAUUCACUAUACAAAAUCUCAUAUUCUCAAGAGUAUCUGCACAAAUAAUAUGAAAUGCCAGCUUGGAGAACCAGAUUGCUGUGAACUAUGCUUCUACAAUAGCACCUUAGAGCUUCCUACUCUACCAGACAUGGUGUUUCCUCGAAAUAGUUUAAUAUUGACGCACUCAAGUGGAGCAGUCCUGGCAUUUAAUCCCAUGGAUGCAUUAAAGAGAGUUGUGAAUGGAAAGCUCGAUAUAAAGGUAGCCUGUGCUGAAGAAUGGAAAGAGAGUCGACCGGUAGACUGUACUUCCGCAAAGACAAAACAAUUCGAUUGGACCUUUUCAACAGAUUACCAGGGUAGUCCAAAUGAGAAGUUUAAGAUAGAGUCGACGGAACAGAAAAUUGAUAUAACAAAGCUCAUGAAGCGAGAGCAGAUAGUAUUUUAUCAGGAUAUUACACUAUUUGAGGAUGAGCUACAUGACAAUGGAAUCGCUGUGUGUUCAGUUAAGAUUCGUGUAAUGCCCUCAGGAUUUUUUAUCCUCUUACGAUUCUUUUUACGUGUAGACGGUGUAUUGAUUAAGAUUAUGGACACACGCUUUCAUUUGGAAACUGGUAAUAAGUUUAUUCUCAAAGAGUUCACACACCGUGAAGCAAAAGUUUCUGAACUGAGUCAUCUACCACUCCAUUUAAUGAUUAAUCCAAGCGACGUGGAAAAGCAUGUUCCAAUUAAAUUCCAAACGAGAGAAAAAUUAAUUUUCUGCAAAUAAAAUGUAUAUUAAAGAAAAUUAAA